CUUGCCAACGGCGCCGGUGCGCAGGAACAGCGCGGCCAAGGCCUCCGCGGUGCAGGUCAAGGAGAAGCCGACCCGCGAGAAGAUCCUCACGUUGGAGUCCAUGAACCCGCAGGUGAAAGCGGUGGAGUACGCCGUGCGGGGGCCCAUUGUCCUGAAAGCGGGCGAGAUCGAGAAGGAGCUGCGGAAGGGAAUCAAAAAGCCCUUCACGGAGGUCAUCAAGGCCAACAUCGGUGAUGCACACGCCAUGGGACAGCAGCCGAUCACUUUCCUCCGUCAGGUGGUUGCACUUUGUACAUACCCAAAUCUGUUGGACAGCCCAAGCUUCCCAGAGGACUCUAAGGAAAGAGCAAGGCGGAUCCUGCAGGAUUGUGGAGGGAACAGCUUAGGUGCCUACAGCGCCAGCCAAGGGGUGAACUGCAUCCGCGAAGACGUUGCCGCCUACAUUGAACGGCGAGACGGAGGAGUCCCUGCAGAUCCCGAUAACAUCUACCUGACGACUGGGGCAAGCGACGGCAUUGCCACCAUUCUGAAGAUCCUUGUCUCAGGAGGAGGAAGGUCGCGAACGGGAGUGAUGAUCCCAAUCCCCCAGUACCCCUUGUACUCGGCAGCCAUUUCAGAAUUGGACGCCAUUCAGAUGAACUAUUACCUUGACGAAGAGAACUGCUGGGCCCUAGAUGUGAACGAACUACGCCGCUCCUUGAACGAAGCCAGAACGUACUGCAACCCGAAGGUCCUGUGCAUCAUCAAUCCAGGAAAUCCCACAGGUCAGGUUCAAAGCAGAAAAUGCAUUGAAGAUGUGAUACACUUUGCCUGGGAAGAGAAGCUGUUUCUUCUGGCUGACGAGGUUUAUCAAGACAACGUCUACUCAGAGAGCUGUCAGUUUCACUCCUUCAAAAAGAUCCUUUACGAGAUGGGACCAGACUACUGCAACAACGUGGAACUCGCUUCUUUUCAUUCCACCUCCAAGGGAUACAUGGGCGAGUGUGGCUACAGAGGGGGCUACAUGGAGGUGAUUAACCUGCACCCAGAUAUUAAAGGGCAACUUGUUAAGCUUCUGUCGGUCCGUCUGUGUCCACCAGUCUCGGGCCAAGCAGCUAUGGACAUUGUGGUGAAUCCUCCGGUACCUGGGGAGGAAUCGUACGCACAGUUCAUCAAGGAAAAGGAGUCUGUCUUGAGCAACCUUGCGAGAAAAGCCAAACUGACGGAAGACAUGUUCAACCAAGUCCCAGGGAUUCACUGCAAUCCCCUUCAGGGAGCCAUGUAUGCUUUCCCGCGGAUCUUUAUCCCUUCCAAGGCCAUUGAGACCGCAAAGGCUCACAAAAUGGCUCCUGACAUGUUCUACUGUAUGAAACUUCUGGAGGAAACAGGAAUUUGUGUCGUUCCUGGAAGUGGGUUUGGCCAAAGAGAAGGAACCUACCACUUUCGGAUGACCAUUCUCCCUCCGGUAGAGAAGCUAAAGAUUUUGCUGGACAAAGUGAAAGACUUUCACAUGAAGUUUCUGGAAGAAUACUCUUAAGCAAAAUAAAAGACUCUCUUUCUCUCUUUCUGGAAUGAAUCUGGAAAGCAAAACAAAGCUGUGAUGGGAAAAAUAUGCUUUUUUUGGUCUUCUUUAAUUAAAUCCACAAUAGAAUAGCUAAAGCCCCAGCCAUGAAAUGUGAGUACAUCCUGCCCAAGCCUCUACUGUGGAAUAUCGUACUCUGUUUUAAUUUUACGGAAAGGAGUGGAAACCAGGGCAGGAAUUGAGAGGGGAAAAGAGUACAAUUUUGUGCCUUGAUCCAAAAUUGCGUUCUUGGCUUGUGUGGCAGGCUGGCCUGAUGAAAUAUGAUAAGGAAGCUCUUAACAAAAACAGUUGACGCUGUUAUUGUUUGAAAACAGGGACAUGACAAAAUCUGCCUUUGUUCUUAAAUACGAAAGCGAAGUUUGUCCAAACUAGCAAUUUGGACAAUAAAUCAAUAAAUACCCUUCUAUAGGUUAAAAACAACCACACCACACCAUGAACAAAACACCCAUUUCUACCGAAUCUAUUUUAAAAGCUGUACAAUUGUACUAACUGGGGCAGGGUAAGGAUUGUGUAUGCUCUGUGCAACUCCCAGCCAGAGUUGCACAAGAGAUGGAAUUUUUCUGGAUUGUGCCCCAUGUUCAAACUCAUGAUUUGAUCACUUACUGGGCAGAGAUAGGUAGCUUGUGGCCGUCCUGUUGUUUUGGAUUACAACUGCCAGCAUAGCCAAUGGAGAGGGAUGAAUGGGAUUUGUAGGCCAAAACAGCUGGCCGGCCACAAACUGCCCACCACCCCCUCUCUGGGCAAUAGCCAUGUAUCAUGACUUUCUGCGACAGGAUUUAAGGAAUUGCCAAAACUUUGCACUUGAGAAGUGAAUGAACCCUUGCCUCUGUAUUCAGGCUAGACCGGCCCGGCAUGUAGACUGUAGCAUCAGGAUCUUUGCAUGUAAAAGAAUCAUCAGAAUCUCUCUCCUGUUUACAAGCAUGAGCAAAAUAAAAUUAAUUAAUUAAAGAAUAAGUGGGGGGGGGAAAUGGGGUAAUGAGAGGUGUGGAACAGAUACAGUUAGAACAGUACUGUCCUACUUGCAUUUGGCUGGCUACUGCUUCAGAAGCUAGAUAUUGAGUCGAUUAGCUAAAGAGAAGGAGGGGUUUCUUCGCUGUUAAUUGAAAUCCAUCCCAACAUGACAGUGAAUGCCCACGCCGGCCGGAGGAUCAUGUGCCUGUGUGCCAAAUGAACUGCUAAUUUUGCUUCGUGUUGCUCUUAGCAGAAAGGUAUCUUUCCCCACAAAUAAGAAUAAAGGGACCAAGGUUGAAGACGAACCGAGCUCAGCAGAAAGAACGGCUCCGCUCUGACAGGUGAUAGUACGGCCUUGUUGGAAUGCUGAGCCCCUUUCAGGACUGCAGUUUUAAUCUGAACAAACUGCCCGCUGGACGUUCUGCAAAAAAAGAUGUUAUUCCAAUGCAAUCUCUUAUGUUUCUAGCUUCAGAAAGUUUUGAGGAGCAUCACCAAAGUGUUAUGAAAGAGUCAGAGUAAUAUGCAGCUGCAGAAUUUCAGUGGUCACAAAAGCCAUUAACUUUGGUCUCCUUCAACUCAAUAAGCACAGUUUUGCACCGCAAAAUUUGCCCAAGAUUUGGGCUCUCGGAGCUGUUCUUUUUGACUUAAGUAGAAGCAAAAAUGACAGGGCAAAGUGGCCGGUAAGCCUUUCACCAAAAGAGGCCCCAACUGCUACUAUGUUCCAUGUACAUUGUACUCUUCUGUAGGAUCUAGGAAACCAUCUGUAUUGGUCCAACUGGGAUUAAUUUUAUUGUAUGUUGAAACAUUAAUAUGUCCAUCUUGUAUAUCAACCUGGCUUAGUACUUUGAUACUUGACCCAAAUUUCCAGAACAGGAUUGAUUGGACUAAAAUAGGUUGGUCCAUUUAGUUGGAGAUUAUUGAAUACCCUACAUACUGGACUGUGACUGCAAUCCUAUACACACCUGGGAGUAAAUCCUAUUGAACUUACUGACUAUGUAUAACAGACUUUCUCAACCUGGUAGCUCCACAGGGCUACAACUCCUAAUCAUUGGCCAUGCUGGCUGAGGCUGAUGGGAGCUGGAGUCCAAAACAUCUGGACGACACCAGGCUGGGACGGCUGAUGUUCAGGAUUGCACUGCAAAUUACUGAGAGAACUUUGAAAGGGGCAAACAACUGGCUCUUAUUGACAGCAUUAAUACUUAGUGGGCACAUAAACCUGUCAUCAAAUAUUGGGAGAAUUAGGGGCAGGCUUUUUAUAUUUUUGUCCCCUAAUUCUGCCAUCUUACUGGCACCAUAGGAGGACAGGAAUAUAGGAAUGCAUGAUCCUGUAUGUAUGGAGUAUGCAGCUUUCUGUUGCUCUGUAGCUGGCAUGGUUCCUAAGCAUUGAUUGAACAUAAGUUGGGGUAAAUUUCACUCGGAACGUGUCAGUCAAAAAAUAAAAUCUCAAAGCAAUUGCACUUUUUCCUCUGAUCUUUAGGCUCACUGCUUAGGAGGGAUUGCCAUAUUGUAGCAAGAGAAUUCUGAGCUCUGAUCAUGGCAACGACUAUUUUAAAAAUAUUUUUGUAAGUGAAGAUUUUUUUCAUGGGUUUGGGGCGGGGAUAGUUGGGUGGGAUGGGUAAUAUUUGUAGUUUUAACAAGCCAGUGGGUUUUAUAUUUAGCUUGUGUUUACACCCAGUGUUCCUGAGAACAAUGCAAGGUUUACAUGUUUCUAAAUAACUCAUUUGCAGGGGUGUUCUAAAAGUCUGAUUUCCCCCCUUUGUGUCUUUUUAAAAUGGGGGCAGUGAUCUAAUAGUUUACUUUUAAAAUCAAGGACACUGACCUGCCUUCCAUUGCGUUUUCUAAACAAUCUAUUAUGGUGCCUUUUGAUUUUUGGUACUGCAAGAGAGAAUGUAUGAGGUUAUUAUUAUUAUUAUUAUUAUUUUUCUGCAUCUCUUGGAGAAUGGUGUGUAAAUACAGUCGAUAAUAUUGUUGAUUUGCCACAAUUGUACGUACUACAGUGAGCUAAAGAUUAAAUCGAUUGUGCUUAACCUGAGGUUAUCCUCUGAAACCUGUUCCGGAGCUGACCUCAGUGGCCAAUAUUUCCCAAAUAACGGUUUGGGGGUUGCAGCCUGAGAAAUGGGGGUGGGGUGGAAUUAUGACAUUGAUUUUUGUCUCAUGUUUAUGUUCUGUAAGUCCUUGAAUAUGGCGCCAUCUAACAUUGUGAUGCAUGCUCGUAGGUUUGCGUUUCCUACAGGUGCUCCUCACGCUGUACUUGGAUGACUUUUUAAAUGUACCUACAACAUCAACAAAUAAAAAAGAACUAUUGAAAGCA